AUGGUAUCAAAGACUCACCUCUUCUACCUGCAGGCCUUGCUGAUGGCAGGCCUGGCCCACAGCAUCAGGGGAUCCCUCAUGGUUCCGGCCCCUGGUCCCCAGCCAUUGGAGGUGAAAGAGGUCUUCAGAUUGUUCCAGAUUCAGUACAACAGGAGUUAUUCAAACCCAGCAGAGUAUGCCCGCCGCCUGGACAUCUUCACUCACAACCUGGCCCAGGCUCAGCAGCAGGAGGACAACGACUUGGGAACAGCCCAGUUUGGAGUGACCCCUUUCAGUGACCUCACAGAGGAGGAGUUUAUCCAGGCCUAUGGACCCCAGCAGGUGCCUGGAAGGGAUCCCAAUGUGAGCAGAAAGGUGGAAUCUGAAGGGUGGGGGAAGUCAGUGCCCUCCACCUGUGACUGGCGGAAGCGGCCCAACACCAUCAAGCCCAUCAGGGACCAGAAAAACUGCAAUUGCUGCUGGGCUAUAGCAGCCGCAAGCAACAUCGAGUCCUUGUGGAAUAUUAAAUUUGAUCAGUCUGUGGAGGUCUCUGUGCAGGAACUGCUUGACUGUGACCGCUGUGGGAAUGGAUGCCAAGGGGGCUACGUCUGGGACGCAUUCGCAACUGUCCUUAACAAUAGUGGCCUGGCCAGUGAAAAAGAGUACCCGUUUCGGGGGACCUUCAGAGCCCACAACUGCCAGGCCAAGAAGUACAAGAACGUGGCCUGGAUCAAGGAUUUCAUCAUGCUGCCUGACAGCGAGCAGAAAAUCGCCAGCUACCUGGCCAUCCAUGGCCCCAUCACUGUGACUAUCAACAUGACGCCGCUGCAGAACUACCAGAAGGGUAUCAUCAAGGCCACACCAACCACCUGUGACCCCUAUCGUGUGAACCACUCUGUUCUGCUGGUGGGCUUUGGCAAGAGUAAGUCAGGAGCAAGGGCUCAGGCAAAGGGGUCCCAGGAUGGAGCCCAGGUGACUCCUCGCUCCACCCCAUAUUGGAUUCUGAAGAACUCCUGGGGGUCCAAAUGGGGUGAAAAAGGCUAUUUCCGGCUGCACCGUGGGAGCAAUAGUUGCGGCAUCACCAAGUUCCCGCUCACAGCCCGAGUGGACCAACCUGCUAAGAAGCUCCCAGUCUCCUGCCCUCCAUGA